UCAAGAUUUCAGCAUUAAGAAUUUGCAGAGUGAUAUUUGGAAGGCAUUAAAUUUGGUGUUAUGAAGGAUGAGGAUGAGAAGAAACGAGCAGCAAUGUUGUCGGAGCAUUUAGAAAGAAAGAAGAAUUGUGUAUUGAUUCUUGAUGAUGUGUGGGACCAUCUUGAUCUUGAAGAGGUGGGAAUCCAUGUUAGAGCACAUGGAUUUAAGUUAGUCUUAACCACUCGAUCCUUUGAUGUAUGCUGCCAGAUGCAUUGUCAAGAGAAAAUAAAAAUCGAACCUCUAUCUCAAAUAGAAGCCGAGAGUCUAUUUUUGGAGGAGCUUGGAUCCAAAGUUCCACUUAAUUCGGAAACUAAAGCAAUUGUGAAGUCCAUUGUUGAAGAAUGUGCAGGAUUGCCAAUUGGAGUCAUCACGAUGGCAAGAAGCAUGCGAGGAGUGACUGAUGUGUUUGAAUGGAGGGAUUCCUUGGUGAAAUUGAAAGAAUCGAGUAUGGGACAAACAGAUAUGGAGAAGAAGGUCUUAAUGAAUCUAAAAUUCAGUUAUGAUUGCCUUGAUAAUCCUAAUGUGCAACAAUGCUUCUUAUCUUGUGCACUUUAUCCAGAAGAUCAAUUGAUUGAUAAGUUCGAGUUGGUAGAAUUCUUUAUUGACCAAGGAUUGGUUGGUGGAUUGAAUACAAGGAGGGAACAAUAUGAUAGAGGCCUCACCAUAUUGAACAAACUACGAAAUGUUUGCCUAUUGGAAGAUCAUGGGAGCAAGAUGAAGAUGCACGAUUUGAUUAGAGACAUGGCAUUGCACAUUAUGAGUGCAACUUCCAUUGUAAAAGCAGGAAAGUGGUUGGGAAGUAUUCCAUCUGAGGAAUAUUGGACGGAUGCUUUGGAGAAAGUUUCUUUGAUAGGAAACAAAAUAAAUGAAAUUUCAUUGAACAUGUCACCAAAUUGUCCUAAACUAUCAACUUUACUACUGAAUGGAAGCUGGUUAAAGGAUGUGGUCAUCCCUGAUUCUUUCUUCAAACAGUUAUGUGGGCUAAAGGUUCUAAACUUGAGUGAAUGUGAAAUAACAGAACUUCCAAAUUCCAUCUCAGAUUUGGUGAACUUGAGGGCACUAUUGCUUGAAAGGUGUUCGAAAUUGUGCCAUAUUCCUUAUUUAGGGAAGCUCACAUCUUUAAGAAAGUUGAACGUUGGUGGCUGUUGUAAUCUUGACAAAGUGCCCGAGGGUUUGGAAAUGUUGGUGAACUUGAGAUACCUUGACCUACAUCUUUCAUCAAUCGUUAAAUUACCUGAAAGAGUACUGGGGGGUUUGGUAAACUUGCAGCAUCUUAAAGUUAAAUUUCUAGAUGGACAAGACAUGACAAAUUUGAGGGCACUGGAGACCCUCGAAUGCUUUUUUGAAGAUAUGAAUGAUUUCAACAAGUGUACGAGGGUUAUUGAACAGAGUAACCCUCGUUGCUAUUAUUAUCUCCGCACGAAUCAAACAGAUUAUUUUGAGGAAGUAAGAAUCAAAAAUAAAGUAUGUAUGAAGAAUAAAGUUAUACUACUCCAUUUGAGAAUCUAG